GGAAAAAUAUAUAACGCUGUGGAGUUUGCAUGAGCGUCUAAUUAUUCGUAAAUGAAGAAGGAGUGUGGAUGUGAACGGUCACAACAAAACGGAAUACCAAGAAAAUACCAGUUGAUCAGUUGUUGUAGUAGUCAUCGUUGUGGUGCAACAACGUGUAACGAUGAUUUUACUCUUUAAAUUAUUUACUGUAAUCAUUUACAUCACAUUAAUUUUUGGUCCCAACUGUCAAACAGCACCAGCUAUUGUCGAAUCAAUUAGAGGAUGGACAAUUGGUCAUGGAUAUAAAUAUGAAAUAACAACAAUUGUCUUGUCUCGUGAAUCAGGCAUAACAAAAUCAGGUGGUGACGUUGGCUUUCAAUUGACUGGUCAAAUAACAGUCAAUCCUGUAUGGCAAGAUCCAAAAGAUCUUGAAACAAUACUUCUCGAAAUUGAGUUUACAUCACCCCAACUUUGGAUAAAAUCAAGAAAAGCACCAGAGCCAGAAGGUUUUAUUGAGCACUCGUCAAAGCUAGAUGAUGCAUCAAAAAAGCCAAUUUAUAUACUGUGGAAUAAUGGUGUUAUAAUAAAAUCAUAUUUGGGACAAGAAGAGACAAUAUCAUCAUCAAAUUUAAAACGUGGUAUUGCUAGUAUAUUUCAAUAUCGUGUUCAUGAUGGUGAUUAUCGAGAGUAUGAUUCAUCAGGUGGUUGUAAUGUAACAUAUCAAACAAUUGAAAAAAGUAAAAUAAGAAAAAUUAAAAAUUAUUGUGAUGAAAUAAGUCCAGCAAAAAAAGAUGAACAUCCAAAUCCAAUGUUAAGUGUUAAUUUACAUAGUAAAAGAAUAACUGAUUAUAAAUUAAAUUCAGCAUUGAUACCAACAUAUAUUCAUGAAUUUGAACAACAUGAAUUAACACUUAAAAUAAAAACAGAAGUUGGAUCAAGUGUAACAUCAGAAAGAAUAUUAAAUGAAAUAUCAAUUGUUAAAGGAAAAAAAAUUAAAGCUAAAAAUGUUAAUGAAGCACUUGCUGAUUUACAACCUGGUUAUAGAGAAAUUAAAAUGGAUUUACAAAUUGAGCCAGUAACAUGUCCUGAUACUGGAUGUCAAACAUUGGAACAAGCAAUUGAUGAAAAUCGUGAAGCACUUGAAGAUUCAUCCUUGGGUACAGCAAAAUCAGCAGCAGCAUUUUUAAAACUAUUACCACUUAGUAAAGAAGCAACAGCUGAUGAUUGGUCAAGAGUAUUAAAAAGUCCACGUUAUCGUACAGUUAAAACUCAGCUGUUAGAUAUACUUGGUUCUGCUGGUAGUCCAACAACUCAUCAAAUAGCCAUGAAAAUAUUACGUCAAGAUGAUUUUGGUGAUGAUACUGAAAGAUAUUUAUGGGCAUUGUCAAUGUCACCAUUACCACAUCCAAGUGUCAUCAAAGAUAUUCUAACAAGAUCUGAAGAAACAUUACAAAAUGAUAAAGUAUCAGAGACACUUGCAAUGACAGCUGGUGCAAUGGCACGACAAACAAAUAAUCCUGCAAUUAUUGAAAAAACAAGAAUAAGCCUUGAACUAGGACUUGAUACUUGUACUGGUGAUGAUUGUCGCCUAAGAUUUCUACGUGGUUUAAAAAAUCUUAAAAGUAAAAAUUCAAUACCAAUACUUAUUGAUUAUAUUAAUAAAGGAACAAAAUUAACAAGUAUUGUUGCAUGGCAAACACUUGGUUCACUUGAUGAUAAAUAUAUAACAGAUAAAAUUAAAAAUUUAGCUAAAAGAACAUUCUUUCAAAUUGGUGGAUCAAAAAAAGAUAGUACAAUAAGAACACUUGCUGCUGAUAUUAUAUUAAAUAAUAGACCAUCAAUUGAUGAUUUAAAAGAAUUUUUAGAAUAUUUAACUCAUCAUGAUUCAAUGUAUGAAGUUAGAAAAUAUAUUAGUCAAAGAUUGGAACAAUUGGCUGAUAAAGAUUCAUCAUUUAAGCAUAAACUUAAUACAGCAAUUACAGAAAAAUCAAAAAGUAUUAAUAAUUAUCAUGUUAUGGCACAUCGUGGACUUAGUACAGCAUUUACAAGACAAUUUUUAAAAUCAUCAACAAGUAAUGGAUCAUUAGUUACAAUACAAGAAGUUAAUUCUGGUUUAUUAAAACGUGGAAUUGUUGAUGUUGUAUUAAAUACAAAAACACAAACAGAAUUAUCUGUAUUUUCACUUGGUUUAUUUGCUGGUGGUCUUGGUAAUUUUGUAUCAUCAAAUAAUGAUAAUGAUAUUGAUGAUAAUAAUAAUGAAGAAGAUGAUAUUGCAACAGCUGGUAUGGAAAUUGGUCUUCUUGGUGUUGGUAUACGUCCAUUUAUAUUUUUUUCUGGACAAGGUGAAUUAAUGGGACAUGUAUGGUCUGGUACAGCAUCAGAAAAAACACCAGCAUUUCAAGUUAUUGCAAAUUUACAUCAUCAUCGUGAAUUAAUACCAUUAUGUAGUGGUUUUAUUGCUGAUAUUGAAGUUGAUGGUGCAUUAAGUUUUGAUUUAUCUGGACAAAUACAAUUAAGUUUAUGGUCAAGAAAUGCACAAUCACUUGUACAAAUGAAUUCUGGUAUUGCAAUACGUGGUGGUUUUAAAAUUAAAUCUGAAUUAGUACAGAGUAAAUGUGAAUUUGCAUUAACUAUUGAACCAAAAUUAGAGCUAUCAACUGAUGUUGAUUUUUCUGGACAAGUUAAUUUAUGUAUGAAACUAACACAACCAGAAACAUCAAUGAAAUAUCAAUUUUAUAAAGUUGAAAGAAUACCAGGUAGUAGACAUAAAUUAAGAAAAACAAAAAGACUUGUUUUACCAUCACCACCAAAAUCAUAUUUUCUUAAUAAAAAAAAUAAUGAAAUGUGCACUCAAGUCUUUAGUUAAAGACAUUUAAUACAGACUGAAUGUUUUUUUUUUUUUUUAAUUUUAUAUACAUCACAAUAUUAUUCUAAAGAAAAAAAAUUAAAAAAAUCCAUUUGUACAGUGUUUUUAUUUUUCAAUAUUAAAAUUAAACAAAAAUAGAAAUAAAUAUACUGAAUGAAAAAUAUAAGAUUGUUGUUGUAGAUAAUGAUGAUAAAUAUACCAUAGUUUUUAUAAAUAAAUUUCAACACUUAAAAAAAAAAAAAAAAGGUUUAAUUUAAUUUUACAUUU